AAGACGUGAAACCCAAAAAACAGAAGACAAAAAUAUGCGUUUACUCUCAAUCUGGUUACUCAGCCUUUGUCUGUGCCUCAGCCUGAGCGCUGGCAUGGCACGGCGACUGCAACGUGAGGCAAGUGCAGCACCUGAACCAGCUCCAGCUCCUGCUCCCGCUCCCGCUCCAGCUCCAGCACCGGAGCCAGAACCAGCGCCUGAGCCAGCGGCAGCUCCAGGGCCAGAGCCAGCUGCAGGGGGGAACGAGGACAAGGAGAUCUUUAUAUCGGAUGCGACGACAACAGCAAAGCCACUGGGAACAGCCUCGAUCAAGUCGCGGGCAAUAAGCAUGGAUCGUGGCCUCUGCCAGGAGCGAUCACGCUAUCAUCCGCACUUUCCCAAAUGCCAUCAAUUCUGCAAGCGACUGGAGCAUUGGAUUGGCCAGUGUUGGCGUGAGGAUUGUCACUGCAUCUCUUAAAUUGUGAAAUCAGUUCCAAGAAGUCGUCAAUUAUACUUUGCACUUAACUCAAAUUUGAUAUGCCUAACAAUGAUGAACUUUGCUGUACUUAGAUGCGAGUGCUUAUUAAAGUUGCAACAAGUUUUCCCUGCCAUCAUUUCCUGCCUCUUAAUUAACAAGUUUCGUAUUAUUGUAUUUGAAAUCGAACCGAAAAGUCUUGUAAACAUUUUUGUAAGUGUGCACAGUGUGCUAAUUAAGUAUACGCAUGGCUCAUAA